GAUGUCAGAGGAGGGAGGAGAGAUCUAGCUCUGGAAGUGGAGUAUGUACGAGGAAUCCACGGUGGCUAACUGCAGUUAGACAUUCCGACAACCCUUAGUUUUUCCGUCAUGCAGGGAUACAUACCGAAAUAGUUCUGUAGUGUAGGAGAAGAGCUGAUUGUAUAACGUUUUUAAACUGUUCAUCGCUCAAGCUAUUUUGUAGAACGCCAUACUCUGUCAAUUUGCCUAUGACAGUGAUGCAAUUACAAAAUCCAUGUAAUUUGAGUGUUUCAAAUGUUGGAUUUUAAACACUUUCGACUGUUUUGGAAACACAUUUUUUUAAAUUUAAGCAAAGCACAUCGGAGCGCCCAAAAAGAGAAGGGAGGGGGGCAAGAAAACGCCCUGUUGCUGAAUGUUCUUAAAAUUGUAACUUCAUCGCGGUGUGGAUCACAGAGAGCAGUCAUAUGGAAUAUGGUACUAUAAAUAUCUAUCUUGAUUUGCGUUCAACGAAAUCUCCGGACUAAUUGGCAAGUUUGCGGAGCUGCGCUUCUCCGUUUAUGGUGGAUUAUUAUUUUUUUCAACAUUGUGGAUACUGCAAUUCCGAGGCGAUUAUAGAAGGAGGCUGCUAGGCCCACGGCCAUUGCCCAAGAACAAAAAGACUUUUCCCCAUGUAAACCCAAACAGUUCUCAUAAGGCUCGUCUUAUAUGUAAAAGAAACGGGCAUUAAUCAAUCGCAAAAAUGUCACUUGGUGCAGAGAGAAGGAUGGAAAACCGGUUGAAAAAGCUGGAGGCCAUGAUCAAAGAUCCAAGAUCUGCGAUAAACUUGGAAAGUUUACUCGAUUCUAUCAAUGCCUUCGUUCUAGAUCUAGACUACCCUGCCCUACGGAAAAACAAAAAUGUAGAAACCUUUUUAAACAGAUAUGAGAAGGUGAUGGGGCACCUACGGGACUUUCAGAUGAAGUCUGAGGACUUUGACAGGGUGAAGGUGAUCGGCAGAGGGGCAUUUGGGGAGGUUCAACUGGUUCGACACAAAGCCUCUCAGAAAGUGUACGCCAUGAAGCUGCUGAGCAAGUUUGAGAUGAUAAAACGCUCUGACUCAGCCUUUUUCUGGGAGGAGAGGGAUAUUAUGGCCUUCGCCAACAGUCCCUGGGUCGUACAAUUAUGCUGUGCCUUCCAAGACGACCGUUACCUUUACAUGGUGAUGGAGUACAUGCCUGGAGGGGACCUGGUGAACCUCACCAGUACCUACGAUGUGCCUGAGAAGUGGGCCCGGUUCUACACGGCCGAGGUGGUCAUGGCACUGGAUGCCAUCCACUCCCUGGGUUUCAUCCACCGUGACGUCAAGCCUGACAACAUGCUCCUGGACCGCCACGGACACCUCAAACUGGCCGACUUUGGAACCUGCAUGAAGAUGGACUCUACUGGGAUGGUGCACUGUGACACAGCGGUUGGCACUCCAGACUACAUCUCUCCUGAGGUUCUAAAGUCGCAGGGUGGAGAUGGUUACUACGGACGGGAGUGUGACUGGUGGUCUGUAGGGGUCUUCAUCUUCGAGAUGCUAGUCGGUGACACACCAUUCUAUGCCGACUCCCUUGUUGGAACAUACAGCAAGAUCAUGGAUCACAAGAAUUCCCUCAACUUUCCAGAUGACGUAGAGAUCUCCAAAGACGCCAAAAACCUCAUCUGUGCCUUCCUGACAGACAGGGAGGUGCGACUGGGCCGCAACGGGGUGGAGGAGAUCAAACGGCACCCCUUUUUCAAGAAUGACCAAUGGAACUUUGACAGCAUCAGAAACACGGCGGCUCCUGUGGUUCCAGAGUUGAGCAGUGACAUUGACACUAGCAACUUUGAUGAGAUAGAAGAUGACAAGGGUGACGUGGAGACCUUCCCUACUCCUAAGGCUUUUGUGGGAAACCAGCUUCCUUUCGUCGGCUUCACUUACUUCAAGGAAGACCAGUUACUAAGCGGUGUGAAUAACUCUACAGUUGUGACCGUGAACUCAACAGCCUUGAAAGGAGAGUCGGCCAAGCUACAGAAGAAACUCCACCAGCUGGAAGAGCAGCUCAAUAAUGAGAUGCAGACCAAAGAUGAGCUGGAGCACAAGUGCAGAACUUCCACCAGUCGUCUAGAGAAAAUCUCCAAAGAACUUGAUGAAGAGACGAGUAGCAGAAAGGCUCUGGAGUCGAGUCUGAGGCAGCUGGAGAGAGAGAAGGCUCUACUGCAGCACAAGACUGUGGAGAGCCACCGCAAGGCCGAAAGCGAGGCCGACCGGAAACGCUGCCUGGAGAACGAGGUCAACAGCCUCCGAGACCAGCUGGACGAUAUGAAGAAAAGAAAUCAGAACUCGCACAUAUCCAACGAGAAGAACAUUCACUUACAAAGACAGCUGGACGAGGCCAAUGCUCUAUUGCGUGCGGAGCAGGAGGCGGCUACGCGGCUGAGGAAGGCCCAGACGGAGGCAGGCAAGCAGGUGCAGGCUCUGGAGGCCGGGGGCAGAGAGCUGCAGGACAAGUGCUGCCUGCUGGAGCGCUCCAAGCUCACUCUGGAGAAGGAGUGUAUCGGGCUGCAGGCAGCACUGGAGGCUGAGAGGAGAGAGCACAGCCAGGGCUCAGAGACCAUCGCAGACAUGCAGGGGCGAAUCUCAGGGCUGGAGGAUGAGGUUCGGCAGGUGAGACAGGCCCUAUCCAAAGCAGAGACAGAGAAGAGACUACUACAGGAGAAACUCACCGACCUGGAGAAGGAGAAGAGCAGCAAGGAGAUAGACAUGACGUACAAGCUGAAGGUGUUGCAGCAGGGGCUGGAGCAGGAGGAGGCGUCGCACAAAGCCACCAAGGCACGGCUCGCAGACAAGAGCAAGAUUGAGUCGAUCGAGGGCGCUAAGUCUGAGGCCAUGAAGGGUAAGGCCCUUCCUGAGUUAUCAGACAUGGAGCAGAAGCUGCAGGAGGAGAGGGCGUCCAAGCUGCGUGUGGAGAACAGGAUGUUGGAGCUGGAGAAACACAGCAGCAUGCUGGAUUGUGACUACAAGCAGUCCCUACAGAAACUGGAUGAGCUCCGCAGGCACAAGGAAAGGCUCACCGAGGAGGUGAAGAACCUGACUUUGAAGAUCGAGCAAGAGACCCAGAAGCGCAGUCUGACCCAGAAUGACCUGAAGGCCCAGAACCAGCAGCUCAACACCCUGAGGACCUCUGAGAAGCAGCUGAAACAGGAGGCUAACCACCUGCUGGAAAUCAAACGCAGCCUGGAGAAACAAAACCAGGAGCUACGCAAAGAAAGGCAGGACUCGGACGGCCAAAUGAAGGAACUUCAGGACCAGCUAGAGGCUGAGCAGUAUUUUUCUACGCUGUAUAAGACCCAGGUGCGGGAGUUGAAGGAGGAAUGCGAAGAGAAGAGCAAGCUCUACAAGGACAUGCAGCAAUCCCUUCAGGAGUUACAAGAGGAGAGGGACUCCCUGGCGGCGCAGCUGGAGAUCACGCUGACCAAGGCGGACUCGGAGCAGCUGGCUCGCUCCAUCGCUGAGGAGCAGUACUCCGACCUGGAGAAGGAGAAAAUCAUGAAGGAGCUGGAGCUCAAGGAGAUGAUGGCUCGGCACAAGCAGGAGCUGGUCGAGAAGGACAUUACCAUUGGCUCGCUGGAGGAGGCCAACCGAACCCUCACUAGCGAUGUGGCCAACUUAGCCAAUGAGAAAGAGGAGCUCAACAACAAACUCAAGGAGACACUUGAAGAGCUGCAGACGUCCAAGGAUGAUGAGCAGCAGAUGAGCCAGAUGAAGCUCACGUUUGAGAAGCAGCUCCAGUCAGAGAGAACACUAAAGACCCAGGCUGUGAACAAGCUGGCGGAGAUCAUGAACAGGAAGGAGGUACGUGCAGCAGGCAGUCGGCGCGGCAACGACACUGAUGUGCGCAGGAAGGAGAAGGAGAACAGGAAGUUACAGCUGGAGCUGAGGUCAGAGAAGGAGAAACUCAACUCCACCAUCAUCAAGUACCAAAGAGAGAUCAAUGACAUGCAAGCGCAAAUAGCAGAUGAGAGUCAGGUACGCAUCGAGCUGCAGAUGGCCCUGGACAGUAAGGACAGUGACAUAGAGCAGCUACAUAACCUCCUCAGCUCUGCCAACGUCUCCUCCCUGGAAUCAGCCAGCCUCAGCAGUGGACCAGACUUUGACGCGGAUGACGCCUACACAGAAAUGAGACUAGCGGGAUGGCUCUCGCUGCCUGUGAGGAACAACACCAAGAAGUUUGGAUGGGAGAAAAAGUAUGUGGUUGUGAGCAGCAAGAAGAUUCUGUUCUAUAACAGCGAACAGGACAAAGAGCUAUCCAACCCCUACAUGGUGCUGGAUAUUGAUAAACUCUUCCAUGUGCGGCCUGUCACUCAAACAGACGUUUACCGUGCUGACGCCAAAGAGAUCCCCAGGAUAUUCCAGAUUCUGUAUGCCAAUGAGGGAGAGUGUAAGAAGGAGCCAGAGUUCCCAGUGGAGCUGGCCAGCGGAGAGAAGUCCAGCUACAUCUGCCACAAGGGCCACGAGUUCAUCCCUACGCUCUACCACUUCCCCACCAACUGUGAGGCGUGCACCAAGCCCCUGUGGAACAUGUUUAAGCCUCCGCCCGCCCUGGAGUGCAGGCGCUGCCACAUCAAGUGCCACAAGGACCACAUGGACAAGAAGGAGGAGAUCAUCGCGCCCUGCAGAGUGAACUAUGACGUGUCCACGGCCAAGAACCUGCUGCUGCUGGCCGUGUCUCAGGAGGAACAACAGAAGUGGGUGGGACGUCUGGUCAAGAAGAUCCCCAAGAAGCCCCCGGCCCCCGAGCACUUUGCCCGCUCCUCGCCCCGUUCCUCCAUGAAGGUCCAGCCCAGCCAGUCCAUGAGGCGGCCCAGCAGACAGCUGCCCCCCAGCAAGAGCAGGUUUCCAGGAACGCCUACCACACUACUGAAUCUGAUCAUGAUCAAACCCUAAACCGUAAACCCUUUCUUAUAUCAGCCUCCUCCUGAACCCUGUGUGACCUUUGCCCUCUGACCUCAGUCCAACUAGAUCACACGCCCCCAGGAUGCGACGAGAAGACUCCAAAAGUGGCCAUCGACACAAAUCAUGACUUACCUCUUCUGUGUGUGUUUCAGUUUGACUAGUCAUUUUAAUGUAAAAGAGAAUGUGUUAUAAUAUGAUGUUUUGUACAUUUAUUUACAAUGACUUUUGACGUUUUGCAAUAAAACAUGCAAUCCAUUGUGCAGAGUUGUGUGGCUCUGGGUGGUUGAAUGUGUGACAGCUGCAUGCUAUGUGGGGUGAUGCGUGCUGUGCCGCAGGCAGUGUCGCGGAGCUGUGGGUUGGUUUGGAGAAACUAAUACUGUUUCCCUUUUUCUCUUUCUCCAGUUAACCUUACUUGGGAAUGUGGUUCAGGAUCGAGGUGGUGGGUGUUUCCUCCUAACACGCAAUCAAAAGACUGAUAACAAACAAUGUUCCACUUGGCAUUUCCUCCUUGCACAACUUUGAUUCCACUUCACUCUUCCAGAAGACUUCUCUUCCCAUUUCCACCGUGAUAGUCCUAUAGUAUUUGGCUUCGAAUGAUCAGUUAUGUCCAGUCACUUCAACUGCUAGUCACCCAUGAACGAUGUGCCAACACACCUACCUGUCGUCUGUGUGCAUAUGAAGAGCAACUUCUCUCCAGGUUCCUUUAGGAGAGGGGCGGUUGGAUGUCAAGGUCAUGGGAAGGGGUUUGGCUUUGGGCUUUGUGUAUCCCGAUGUUCACUCAACACAGAACAAUAGCCUCAAUUACGCCAAACAGAGGGUUGAAGCACUUACCUUGACAACACUUAACCAGAAAUCCUCAUUGGAAAGCAGAGAUCAAGAAAUAAGCGAUUUGAGGUGCUCUGCCAACCUAAAUGCUUGUGGCCGAGGCAAAGACAUUUUAAUAAUACAGUUUACAAUUACAAGCCAUCAUAAGUAUCUACUGCAGAACACUACGCCCACAAGAGAAUAAUACUGUAAACUGGUAGGUGGAUAGAGCUGAAGUUCAGAUGCUAACACUGACCUUAUAGCACUUCACCCUGGCAUUGCCUUAAUGUACUUACCACGCAGCAUGACAAUUAUUAGAGGGAAAUGUUUACUGCACCAGCUGAAUGCAUUGGUGCACCAUUAUGCAGCAUUAAUAUCAUAGCUUGACUCCUUCAUUGUUUGAAUGUACGUCUGGGCAAACCAGAGAUGAAACACAAGCAUUGUAUUACUUAGAAAUGAUACUGUUUAUUUUCUAUUCAAAAUCUACUUGAUGACCCCUCCACCAUCUUCUGUGUGAUGUUGCAUGUGUUUUAUGUUUUGCCCCUAAGGCCUCAAAGUGCUGUUGACUACAUGCCUUUCCUUUGGUGAAUGCACCCGUAGUAAGAAUGUUUUUUAUUCCUGUGAACAAGUGGGGAAAAAUCGAAAGUUUACUUAUUUUUGUUGAAAAAAAGAAGGAAAAGUUUCUGCAAAUGUAUUCACAAGCUGAAAGUAUUGAACAGUAACAUGCAAUAGAAGCUUUUUGAAUGUUUUUCUCAGAUAUUUUUGUAAAGAAUUCCUCUUUUGGCACGUUGUGUGUAUCUGGCUCAUAUUACAGGUGGAGAGUGAUGGUGUGCUUUGAGUGCUCUCCUUUAUCCAAGAAGCUUCUGAAAAGCACGUUUUAUACAUAUAAAUAUACACGGUAUAUAUUUUACAUGACGACAUACAGUGCACAUUGUAUUAUUUAUACUGCCUUGUCCACUUUGUAUUUAAAGGCGCAUCAUCCAGACUGCAUGUUUGAUAUUGCUAGAGUAAAGUUCAUGAUAACCUGUUGAACAAUAAAUAAAUGUAUGUGCCUUCUGGUUUA